CCCUGGUGGUAUGCCCAAGGAUAAAUAUGAAAGAACAAACAAAACAAAAGAAAUAAUAAUAAAAUCACUUCAGAACUACCUACACAGGUAAACUUGUCCCAUAACGGCACACAUGCAUAACUUCAUUUCACUUACACAAUCAAUCAACUCCUUCCCUCAUUCACACUAACAUCAUCUCUUAUUGAAAGGUUCUUUCCCUCCCCUUUGGCCUUUGACCUUUCUUUCUUUUUCCUGCUCUCUCUUAUCUCUAUCACUCCAUCUAUGCCCUGUUGCUCUCUCAUUUUGACACCGUCAUUCUCUCACUUAAUCGCUCCCUUUCUCCACAUUCUCCUCCAUUCCUAAUCCACAUCGCUCAUCUGCACUUUUCUCACUGUCUGUUCAUCCCUUCCCUUGGAUCGCUAAAGGAACAAAACAAACAAAACAUCUUCCUCGGUCGAAUCUCAUCCAUCCUUGGCUACACUCGCUCUAUAUCUAUACCCAACUUUUUUUUUUAAUCAAAUGGAUUCAACAGACACCAACACUUCAAUACGCAGGCAACCGUCGACUAUCUUACUCGCGACAGCACCACUGUCUCUGAUUGGCGAUCAAUCGUCCGCCGACACAGUCUCCGGCGCUUCUCAAAGUUAUAAUUCAACUAAAAACCCAACACCAAAAACAUCCUCAGUAGCGUUGAAGCCACCAUCGUCUACGAAGAACAACCAGAGCAGUGGCGAUAAAAGCAAUAACAAUAACAAUAACAAUAACAAUAAUCGUGCGUCAAUCGGUCUAUGGAGCGGUAGUAAAACUGCAGCCAGCACACCCAACCUUACUAAUAUUAGCAAACAUGAUGACUUCUUCGGACCAUACACGUUGCAAGGAGCGGUUUCAGGGGCGGAAUCAGUUUCUAGCCCAAACUCCAACCCAAACCCUAGUUUUACAUCAGCAUCAGAGUCAGGGGCGGGUUUAAAGUCAUCUAGAAGUGUACCAGAGUCAGGAGCAGGAGCAGGAUUAAGGGCUCACGUGUCAGAACAUAGUUCCUCAAGUACUGCCAGCUCCUUCCAGCAACGUCGGAAGCGCAGUGAGAGUAUUGGAGGGUUGAAAUCAACUGCUGGAACCAUUAGUAGGAUGGUACGCAAGAGCAGUAGCAAUCUUUUGCGGAAAUUGGCCAAGAACUUUGAUGACAAGGAUGCGCCGCCAAUUCCCGCGAUGCCUGCACAUAAUGACAUUUGUCACCAAUCUCCGUCGUCUUCGCCAGUCAACAGCGACUUCCCUGUAUCCAAUGUAACAACCCCCACUUCCGAGCUACCACCAUUGUCAGCAAAGAGUAGUAUGGGAUUUGGAACACAGGAUGGCCUUAUGAGUCAAGAAAAAGAAACGGAAAAAAAACUGCAGGAGAAAUCGCCGCCUUUUUCAGCGCCAGCUUCUUCUGUAGUGUCCCAUCAGGUGCCUAUCUCCAUCUCUAAAUCAUCCAGAGUCUCGAAUUUGGACAUAGAGGUGGACCUGGAAUUAUCGACAUCUGCAUCGACUGUCGAAUCAUGGCUUAAGAGGCAAUCAGACCUUGGUGACAUCCCUACAUCAACCGAUACCACAUCCAAACCUCCUAUCACUUCAUCAAGCUUAAAUACUGAAAGGGACCCGCAACCGUCUAUAGGCUUGAGACAUCCUUCAGAUACAUCUGUGGCAUCAACAGUUGAUGAAGACGAUUCAGAGAGUGAGGACGUAGUGGUCCCUAUCCCCUCUGCGCUCACAAUAAGCUCUAACCGGUUGUCACAGUUACUUGAAGCAGAACUGGCUCAAUCUGGUAAAUUGUCAGGUGACGAGGUCCAGCAUCAACACAAUAAUGGCCAUGCACCAGUAAAGACAGCAUUGUCUGCAAAUGCCAGGAAUUCUAUUCGAUUUUCGGAAUUCGGGCUCAUGACAUCUCCUACAAAGGAGCAGCCAUCAACUUCGCUCCAGAACCUAUUUGGACUCGAUCAAGAGAAGCCAUCAUCAAGGAGGCCUGUCUCGAUCUUCGUUCCACUUGGCACUCCAACUAACGCUGUUGCAAUAGAUGGCCAUCUACAAACACCGACCCACGACAUCUAUGAGGAGAUUCCACAUAAACCAUCGCUAAUCACUCCAGACUCAUCUGUUCACAGCAGCCCAGCGCUUAUAGUUCGUCGCUCCUCUGAUACACCAGAACACGAAACCCCGCAAGACCACAAUAUCAGUGGUCUCAGUCUCAGUCUUCCAGUGACAGGAUCUGGAAUGCGGCCAGCUACGAUAUGUGUGAGUCCCAAAGACGCCAAUAAACUUAUGCUAACCAAGCCCUCAAACAUGGGUGACGAGGAUGAAUCCCUAGAGGCUCAAGCUCAGAGGAGCUCAAGGCUCUGUUUUAAGGAGGAUGAGAGUUUUUUGAAACGGGAUGAAAUUUCAAUCUUUUUGGGACAAGCUAAACCCUUCAACCGAAUGGUUCUCACACACUAUAUGAAUAAUUUUGAUUUUUCAGGCAAAAGGUUAGAUGUAGCAUUCCGUCAACUCUGUCAAAAACUAGUUUUGAAAGGGGAGACACAGGAGGUGGACCGAGUCUUGGAAGGGUUUGCUCAGCGCUACGUGGAUUGUAAUCCGAGAUCAAUCUUUGGCACCAAGGAUGUGGUCCAUGCCAUCUCUUAUUCAAUUCUUUUAUUGAACACAGAUCUUCAUGUAGUGCAGCAGUCAAGCUCAAGUAAGAUGUCAAGAUCCGCCUUUGUCAAAAAUACUUUGCAGGUUGUUCAAGCACAGACGCUACAGCAGCAGCAAAUGGAGGAAAGAGCAUCGGAGGAUUCCAGUAUCCACGGGACUUCAUUUGCAAGGACUGGAUCCGGAGACUUAAGCGUAUAUGGAGGGAUCAAAAAGAGGACACCUAGUGUCAAGAGUUGGAAAUCAAGCACAUCACAUCAAAGUAGGAGUUCGAAGAUGGGGGCAGAUCCCAAAGCUAAUGGCGGACAUGGCAACGGCAAAUGGUGGAUGGGAGAGUUAGAGUCGUUGUUGAAGGACAUCUAUUCGGCUGUGAAGCAUAAUCAAAUCUUACUUCCCUCCACAUCCUCAGGGAUAUCAAGCUCAAAGUUGUCUAAGCAAGCUCAGUCAUCCGCUACUCCGGACUCUGGAUUCGGUUUUUCACUAGGUGGUGGUGCAUUUGGCCUUAGCCAUCAAGCACCAGCAAAUCUCGGCAAUGGAUCUCUAUUCGGAGCUAUGGGCCGUCGCAAUUCUCUCAAUGUUUGGUCAAAGCAGUUGCGUCAGGAAGCCAUACAACGACCAAAUUCCCAGAUCGCUGAGAAUGGACAUCACCCGUCACAAAGCCCUUCCACACGUUAUUCUGUUAUCCCAGAAAGUAGUAUGAGCAGUAGCAAAGAGACUUUCCCAGCCAGCCUGACACCACCAACAUCUUCUUCGCGUCCUAUCCGAUUAAUGAGCUCGCCGCUACCUUCCCCUGUAUUAAGUGUCUUUUCAAAUCACGACACACAAAGCAUACAGCCUAUUACAGCCAGUAGUAGCAAUUCUGAUAUCAGAUCUCAUCCUGGCCAUCAGGCUAGAUAUCGAAUGGAGGGCAUUCUCCAUCGUAAACAUCUGUUGGAACGAGCCGAUAGGAAGGCAUCGCAUCGAGCAUGGCGACAAUUCCUUGUAGUCCUUGACCAAGGUGGUUUAUCCAUGUUCAAAGCUGACGGACAACAGGGCCAGGCCUUUGAUGAACAAGGGGUUUUAUUAGAUGAGAUUCCGUUACAACACACGAUUACUAAUAUUCUCCCGCCUCCAGGGUAUUCUUCAUCAAGGAGACAUGUUUUUGCAGUACAAUUACACACGGGUGGAGUAUAUCUGUUCCAGACAGCGACAACUCGUGACUGUGAGGAUUGGGCAAGGACAUGUAACUACUGGGCUGCGAGGACCUCUAAAGAGCCUUUACAAGGAGGCGUGGUUAAUAUGGACUAUGGAUGGGGUCGAUCAUUGGAUUUGCUCGCCAACAGUAAUCUUUCUGAAGGGCUUCACAGCAAUACCAUGGCCUCCACUACAUCUGUAUACUCGACAUCAUCUUCGUCCUCCGCAACCAACGUGCCAAACGGUGGGGUCAAAUCGAGCAGCAGUAGCAACCUUACACCCAUAGGCUUGACAACACCCUCUUCAACCAACUCUGAAGACGAGGAUGCUAAAUUAAUGAACAGCACAUCAUAUACAGGGUCUUCCAAUUUCCUAAACAAUCCCCCUCUUCCGGUGCCACCACCUGUAACACCCUCGCCACCGUCUUCUUCCGUGAGUGGCGUUCACAAUGGAAAUGGAAGCCAUUUGUUUGGAAGCUCUGGUAGCGGCAGUGGCCGAGCUUCAUCGAUUAAAUCAACAUCCUCUAAGCAUAGUGGAACUGGUGGAUCUGGCGUACCAUUGGGUGAUCGAGUCUUACUCUUUGAAUGGACAUCACCAUUACCAACGAUGAGUAUGUCACAACUGAGUGAAGAGGAUCAAUGUGAAAAUCUAAAGCGAUACGUUUUAGGAUUGGAAGCAGAGAUGGAAAUUCACCAAGAACAUCGUGGCCCAAUGCUAAAACUCUUUCUGCCAAAGUCGCAGAAUUAUUCCAAGGCAUUUAACAACUGGGAGCGGAGGUCUCGAUAUCUGCUCAAAGAAAUGGUCAAAUAUCAGAUUUAUGUCGAGUGUUUGGAACAAUCACUACAGCUUCAGCGUGAUGCAGAGGCUGCCGAGGCUGCGGAGACCGAGACAUUGAAAUCAGAGCUGCAAUAUCUUGAUGUUGACAACGAUGAAGAUGAGUGAGCAGUACCCGUCUGCAACUCAACUGCAACUACAGUUGCUGGUUUUGAAUACCCUUAGAAGAAGAAGAAGAAGAAAGGAGAAAGAAGAAAGGGCGAUCAUAGGAAGCAAACGUGAAUAGCUUAAUAUUAAUUUAAUAGCUUCUUUCGCUCAGCAUUCGUUUUUUAGUUUUCCUAUAAUUUUUAUAUUUUAUAUAUUCUAUUAUUGUCUGC